UAAAGGAGGAGUGAGCACCUCAGGAUCUCUCGCUGUCUGCUCCCCCAGAAUGACUGACACUGCUGCGGCUGCUGCACAAUCAAUGAGCUGACUGGAGCCCAUCGUGCACCCUGAUCCUCUGCUCUUCCUGCUUUUCUUUUUUUUGAGUCUACAUUUUGGGCUGCACUCAAACCAAGUAACAGCAAAGGGAGGCUGUAAUUUUGGUAAAGGAUGCUCCCUUACUUUACAUCAGUGCUGUUUGUCACAGCACUGACCAGUGUCUGGGCACAAGACUUUUACGAGGAGAGGAGAACUUACAAGAAAUCCACAAGAAAACCUCUGGCUGCAAAUAUCCAUGAUGGACAAGCCAUCAUGGACGAGGAUUGUAGCUUGGAGCUCUCCUUCCUGUUGGACAGCUCUGAGAGUGCAAAGGACAAUCAUGAGCAGGAGAAGCAGUUUGCUAUGAACGUGGUGGACAGACUCCAAGGGGUUCAGCUGCAAAAUGGGCGCAGCUUGAGCUUCCGGGUGGCUCUGCUGCAGUAUAGCAGUCAUGUCAUCGUAGAGCAAACCUUCAAAGACUGGAGGGGCACUGAGAACUUCAAGACUCAGAUAGCUCCCAUGGUCUACAUCGGGCAUGGCACCUACACCACCUAUGCUAUCACCAACAUGACCAAGAUCUACCUGGAGGAGUCCAGACCUGCUAGUAUCAAAGUGGCUGUGCUGCUUACAGAUGGUGUUUCUCACCCAAGGAAUCCAGACAUUUUCUCAGCCGUGGCUGAUGCCAAAAACCAGGGCAUCAAGUUCUUCACUCUGGGCAUCACCUGGGCAGCCAUCGAUCCAGCCAAUAUAGCCCAGAUGCGUCUACUCGCCAGCUCCCCCUCCUCCCACUAUCUCCAUAAUUUACAGGAGCAGGACAUAGUCCAAAGAAUUGUGGCUAAGAUUACUAGCUUGGCCGAUGAAGGAUGCCCCCUGGCCCAGAGAUGUGCUUGCGAGAAAGGGGAGAGGGGACCUAGUGGACCUGCGGGGAAGAAAGGCCGCGCUGGAGAUGAUGGAGCCCCAGGGCUUAAAGGGCAAAAGGGUGAAGCAGGUUUGAGUGGACUGCCCGGACGAGAGGGUACUGAGGGAAAACUGGGUCAAAGGGGGGAUAAGGGGGAGAGGGGUGAGUGUGGCACUCCAGGAAUCAAAGGAGACAGGGGUCUCGAGGGUGCAAUUGGUGCAAGAGGACUGAGAGGCCUGCAGGGUUUACCAGGACCACAUGGAGACUUUGGACCAGAGGGUCCUCAGGGAAAGCAGGGUGAACGUGGCCCACCUGGUCCUCCAGGAAUUCAGGGGGAAACUGGUAUUGGCCUUUCUGGACCAAAAGGUGACAUGGGGUUCCAGGGAAGACCAGGUCCCCCUGGUCCUCUAGGAAUAGGUGAAACAGGACCUCCUGGACCUCAAGGACCACAAGGUGCUCAAGGGGAAAAAGGACCUCACGGUGAAGGAUUGCCUGGACCGAAGGGAGAUCGGGGGCUCCACGGGCCAAGGGGGCCGAGGGGACAGCAGGGUGCCGGAAUCAAAGGAGAAAGGGGAGAUUUGGGUCCUCCAGGCCUUUCAGGUCCAACUGGACUACCGGGAGUGGGCAUACAGGGAGAAAAGGGGGUUGAAGGUCCAAGAGGUCCACCAGGGGUCAGGGGAGUUCCAGGAGAGGGUUUACCUGGACAUAAGGGAGACCAAGGUUUACCAGGAGAGCAGGGAGCUCCAGGAGAGAGAGGCCUCGGUGAGCCUGGCGCAAAGGGAGAGCCUGGAGCAGGUGGUUUGGGGGGGCUGCCUGGUCUUCCAGGAGAGGAUGGAGCUCCAGGGCAGAAGGGUGAGCCUGGUUUAUCUGGUUCAAGAGGUCCUGACGGACAACCAGGAAUUGGCGUUCAAGGGGAGAAGGGUGACCAAGGGAUAAGGGGCAUCCGUGGGUUACAUGGGCCUCCAGGGAUUUCAGGACCCUCAGGUCCAAAGGGAGAACGUGGGAUACCAGGGCAUCAAGGCAUGCCGGGGCCAACAGGACGGUCUAUUACAGGUCCUAAGGGUGAUGUGGGUCCCUCUGGGCCUCCUGGUCUUGUUGGGGAAACAGGCCACGGACUACCUGGUCCGAAGGGCGAUCGUGGUCAACCAGGUUUACCGGGUCCACAUGGUCCAAAAGGAGAAGGCAGUCCUGGCCCUGUGGGUCCUCCUGGCUUACCAGGCUUGUCGGGAGAACCAGGCCCUGAGGGAGUAGGAAUCCCUGGCCCCAAGGGUGACAUUGGCUUUAGAGGAUUGCCAGGUCUGCCCGGACCAACUGGAGAGGGCAUACAAGGACCACCAGGUAAUGUCGGGCGACCAGGACCUCCUGGACCAACUGGACCUCCAGGAGAAGGUAUUCAAGGCCCAAAGGGAGACUCUGGAUCUCAAGGUAUGACCGGGCCUCGAGGGCCUCAAGGACAUGGACUUCCAGGCCCUAAGGGCGAUCGUGGAUCACAGGGAGAGAGAGGAACGAAAGGAUUAAAAGGAGACCUGGGAGAUCAUGGACUUACUGGUGAAGCAGGGAGACCAGGAGCUAAAGGAGAACCAGGCCUCACAAGAGAGGACGUUAUUAAGAUGAUCAAAGAAAUCUGUGGAUGUGGCAUCAAGUGCAAGGAAAGGCCCAUGGAACUUGUGUUUGUCAUCGACAGCUCAGAGAGUGUUGGCCCCGAAAACUUUGAAAUCAUCAAAGACUUUGUCUCGCGGCUGGUGGACCGGACCACAGUCGGUCGAAAUGCCACUCGAAUCGGACUGGUCCUCUACAGUCUGGACGUCCAUUUAGAGUUCAACUUGGCUCGUUAUGUCAACAAGCAGGAUGUCAAGCAGGCAGUCAGAAAAAUACUUUACAUGGGUGAGGGCACCUACACCGGCACCGCCAUCAGGAAAGCCACCCAGGAGGCUUUCUACAGUGCUCGGCCCGGGGUCAGAAAAGUCGCCAUCGUCAUCACCGAUGGUCAGACUGACAAGCGGGAGCCUGUCAAGCUCGACAUCGCUGUGAGGGAGGCUCACGCUGCCAACAUCGAGAUGUACGCCCUGGGCAUUGUCAACUCUUCUGAUCCUACGCAGGCCGAGUUCCUGCAAGAGCUUAACCUCAUUGCCUCUGAGCCUGACAGUGAACACAUGUACCUUAUUGAUGACUUCAACACUCUACCAGCACUGGAGUCUCAGCUCAUCAAUCAGUUCUGCGAGGAUGAAAAUGGUGCAAUAUUUUACAAUCACCUCACUAAUGGACACUGGAAUGGCCAUAAUGGGCACGGUCAUGGUAUUAAUGGAAACAAUGGACAUGGCGAGAACACCAAUGGAUAUAAUGGCAAUAGUAAAAAUGGUUAUGUCUAUGAAAACAAUGGACACGUGAACACCAGAAUCAAUCACGACUAUCAGGAGGAGAUUCAACUUCAGAGACGCACCAACAGCCGAGGCCGUGGAGACACUUUCACGCUGCCUAUCAGUGCUGAUACUCUACCAAUUCAGGAUGUGGAAGAAGAUGACGACGGUGAGGAUUUAGACAUCAGAGUCCACAUGCGUGGCGGUGGCAUCCUGGCUGUAGUUAACAAAACAAAAAUAUUAUUGCCUGAGAGAGAAAGCUCCGUCUCCAAUAAGACAGUCGUAUCCUCUUCCUCUUCAUCGUCUUCAUCCACGUCGGCUACAUCGUCAUCAAUACUGGGUGCAGUUUCAUCAUUUAACUCUAAUCAGUUGCAGCCGGCAGUGGUGACUAAAGUCCUUUCUGAAGAAUCCGUUCUUCUUGAGCCCCGCUGUGACCUCACCCUGAACCAAGGCCUCUGCCGAGACUACAAUAUCCGCUGGUACUAUGACAAGCAGGCAAAUGCCUGUGCACAGUUUUGGUAUGGAGGCUGUGGUGGAAAUGACAACCGAUUUGAAACAGAAGACGAGUGCAAGAAGGCUUGUGUUCUAUUAAGAACAGCUGGGUGAAAUAGAAGAGGUGGAACAUCUAUUUCUAUUCUACAUUCUGCAUUUUUUUUCGAUGUGAUGCAUUCUGUCACUUGUGUUCAGGACAUUUUGUGCACUUUUAGAAAAAAAAUCAUGACAUCAUGACGUUUUAAUCCAGACUAUUUUCCUCAAAGAAAUUGUACUGCACUUGAGGUUAAAAGUAACAACUUCAGGGAAUUUACUACUGUUAAAAACGGAUCUAUAGACAUUUUAUUGUACAUCUUUGAUCCAUAAGCUUUUCAUACACAUUGAAUAUAUCCCCAUUAAGACAGCAAAUGUAACAUUUGUUCACAUUGUGUUUAAAUUAAUUUCUGAAAUAUGCUCUGAGUAUUUUUGUCUCCCUGUUGUUGUUUUUGUUACCAUGUUUCCAUUCAUGUUAUAUCUGGCAGCUGUCUGUGUCUGCUUAGAGAUGUGUAGUAACAGUGUCAUUUCAAACUACUAUCAGUAUUUUUGUACAAGUAUAAAGAUUACUUUAAAAUAAAAAGCCUCAGAAUAUGCCUUUUAUAUAUCCUUUAGCAAAGGUCUUGGUUAACAGAGGCCGUCAUCUUGCACUGCCAUGUUUCUACAGCAGCCUGAACACACUAACCAUGCAUCCACUGCUUUGAAGCUGAAGAUUAUGACAAGAACCUCAAUUUGCGAAGUGUGCGAAGGCCACCGUAGUUUCCUAAAACAGGGGUGAAUGUAGGAUUCCUCAAUUUUUUGCAAUCCAAAAUUGCAUCGUUACUUGUCAUUAAGGACAGAGGUCCACCAGGACGUGCAUAAAUGUUGUCAUCCCCCCAUUUCUCCUGGAUUACGCACAGACUGUAAGCGUGCUUCCUGAUUCAUAAUAUUUUCCAGUCCAAUUUGGGCACAAAAGACAAUGAAGAUGAUAGAAAUUCCAUCGGUACCAAAACAUGUACAAGGAAGGACAAAUGAAAAUGAUUUCCUAGUUAGAACUUGUCGCUACUGUAACUGAAUUUGUGAUUGAGAAUGCUUGUGUGGAACGGUCGACUGAUGCAGACCUUUAUUAAGUAUGAACCACAGGCUUGAGUGUGCAUGCAGAAAUGUGAAUGUACUCUGUGGCAGGUGAUGACCCCGGCCUUCAUUCUUACACUGGAUCGUUAAAGGGCCGUCAGGCAGCAUGUGUGUUCAUCAGAAUAAUGUUUGGUUAUAAUAAAACAUAAAGUAAUA